GAGAGAGAGAGAGAAAGAGAAAUCAGUGAAAGCAGUGGUGAAUGGAUCUUUAAUCUUUUAGAUCUCAUGAUCAAUUUCAAUUAUCGGAUCUGAAUUUGAUCAAUUCCGCCAUGGGAGUACAAACGGACCGAAUUAAAUUCAACGUAGGAGGAAAGAUCUUCGAAACCACUGCAACAACCCUAGCAAUAGCCGGCCGCAAUUCAUAUUUCGGCGCACUAUUCGACGACGAUUGGAAUCUCCAAUCUCAAAUCUCCGGCGACGAACACUUCAUCGAUCGUAACCCUAACUGUUUCGCCAUCCUCCUCGACCUUCUACGAACAGGCGAACUCUUCAUCCCAUCAAAUAUUCCAGAAAAACUCCUCUACAGAGAAGCCCUCUUUUACGGUUUAUUAGACCACGUCCGGUUCGCCAAAUGGGGCCGGUUCGACGGCAAUCGUCUACGUCUGUCAAAAUCCGUCACCGGUCGCGCUCCUGGAGACGGAAUCGCAAUCCGAGCCGGACCUGACGGCGGCUGCUGCGUUGCUCACGGAAGUAUGGUUCACGUCUAUGAUUGGAUGAUUGAAGAACAUCCUCCGAUCAAUCUCGAUUGUCAGAGGGUAAACGACGUCGGAUGGAUUGAUUGUGAUACGAUCGUCGUGGCCGCCUGCGAACGCCUCGGAUCGCCUAACGCCGGCGGUAUGGGGAUGUUUAACGCGUCUUCGGGAUCGCUUAGACAUAAAUUCCACGUGGCACAUCAUCAUCAGGUGAAGAGUUACACGGCUGGUGCGUUAAGUUUCAGCCCGGAUCAAAAGAUAUUCUCUAGUUGUAAAGGGCGAUCAAAUGAAUACGGAAUUGGAGUUUUCGAUCAAACUAUCGGAAAACAAAUCGAUUUUUAUUACGAACCAAUUGGUUGGUCGCUCGGUGAAGCAGACAGAUUACAAUGGUUAAACGGAACAAAUUGUUUGUUAGUCGCAACAUUAUACCCGAGAAAAGACAAUUGUUACAUAAGUCUACUUGAUUUCCGGGACAAGAAUACGAUGGUAUGGUCUUGGUCGGACAUGGGAGCUCCGGCUACCGACGAGAGGAGGGUUUGGGAUGCGAUAGCAAUGGACGAGGCGAAUUCUAUAUGUGUUGUAAACGAGUACGAGGAGUUAGGGUUUAUGGACUUACGAGGAGGGUCUGGGAGUGUGAGAUGGUGCUCGAGAAGUAGGUUAACAAAAGGAAAGAUGCAUGACGAGCCGUGUGUACCGAAAUUGGCUUUGCAUGAAGGGCAAUUGUUUUCAUCUAUGAAUGAUACUAUUUCGGUGUUUUCAGGUCCCGAUUGGGUGUUGACUUCGAGGCUACAACGCGGAUAUGGAGGUUCUAUAUGUGAUUUCUCGAUAGGUGGUGAUCGACUUUUCGCUCUUCAUAGCGAAGAAAAUGUGUUUGAUAUAUGGGAAACUCCACAACUUCCUAUUCUUUAAAUACUAAAUUAUUUGUUA